GUGAUCAACAGCGUAGCAAAAUUAUCUUAUAUAAAGUAUGAUGUUGCCUAAUGUAGAACUGAAAUGCCGUUUUGUCCAAAUCAUUUCAUAAAAAGUUGAAGAAAAUCUGCCAAGGAGGUUUUUUGUGUGUGUGGAGGCCUUUGUGGUUUUCAAUGUCUUUCUUUAGGCUUCUGAAUUUCCUGCUUCUCAUUCAACAGUAUUUCCAGAUAUCAGAGGGUGACACUUUUCUGAUAAACUAUGAGAAAUAUAAUCUCUGCAUGCAAUCCGGAAGAACAGGAGGAGCAGGAACUUCUAUCAUCACACUUCACAAGUGCAGCAAGGAUAAUAAGUUCCAGAAUUUUAAGUGGACUUCCAAUCAUCAGAUCCUGAACAUAGGGCUGAAGUUAUGCUUGGGAGCAUCCACAGAUUCCAAUCAACUUGAAUUCUCCUUCUGCAAUCAGACCAAUGAACUUCAAAAAUGGGCAUGCAUCAAUGGAACCUUUCCUGCAAUCCAAGGACAUAACUGGUUUUUGUCUUAUAGUCCUGGAUCUGUCCGGUUGAAUAAAGUAUCUGAUGCUAAAGCAAUCUGGAAGAUUGAUGGCACCCAAGACAGUCUGUGCACUACAGGCUUUGAAGCUCAGUUUACGAUAGAAGGCAAUUCAUAUGGAGCCCCGUGUGUAUUUCCAUUCAAGUAUAAGAAUGAGUCGUAUGUUGAAUGCACAACAAUAAACAGUGAAAAUCUAAAACCCUGGUGUGGAACAACAGACGAUGUGGAUAAAGACUCUUUAACUGGAUACUGUCCGGUAAAAGAUGACAAUGAUGACUUUUGGACUAGAGAUCAUUUGACUGGAAAUCAGUAUCAGAUAAAUUCCGAGUCUGCUCUUACAUGGUAUGAAGCAAGAAAAAGCUGUCAGCAACAGAACGCAGAAUUAUUAAGCAUCACAGAAUUACAUGAACAAGCAUACUUAGCAGGAUUGACAACAGAUGUGAAUGCUGAGUACUGGAUUGGGCUUAACAGUUUGGAUUUGAGCAGUGGAUGGCAAUGGGUUGGCCACCAACCUUUCAGAUAUUUAAACUGGGCUCCAGGGAGCCCAUCACCAGAAUCAGAAAAAAUCUGUGCAACAAUGGAGUCUCAGAGAGGAAAAUGGAAGAAUAAGGAAUGUGAUAAUAAACUUGGAUACAUUUGCAAAAAGGACAAUUCUUCAUCAAAUGUCCCAGUUAUCUCUUCAGAUAACUUGAAGCCUGUGAAAUGUCCAGGUGGCUGGGUUCCAUACUUAGGCCACUGUUACCAUCUUUACAAAGAUCUCAGGACCUGGAAUCGUGCACUGUCAGCUUGUCAAAAGGAAGAUGGAGAUUUAGCUAGUAUCCACAAUAUUGAAGAACAUAGUUUUGUAAUUUCUCAGCUUGACUACAAACCAACAGAUACACUGUGGAUAGGAAUGAAUGCCCGGAAGUUUGAGAGGUACUUUGAAUGGAGUGAUGGAACUCGUGUGACAUACACCAAGUGGAUGAAUGGACAACCUUCUUAUCUACAAGACUCCGCAGCCAACUGUGUCACCAUGACGGGAGAAAAUGGAUAUUGGAUGGAUACUUUCUGUCAAGAAGAACAUGGUUACAUCUGUAAAAGAAAACCUUUGGAAAACGUAACUGAAACAGAAGAUGCCAAUCCAGGCUGCAAGAAGGGUUGGAAAAGACAUGGCUUAUAUUGUUACUUAACUGAACAAACACUGAGGACGUUUUCAGAAGCAAAUAAAUUCUGUGAAGGACACCAGGGUUCCUUGGUGUUUAUAGAGCACAGAUAUGAACAAGCUUACCUAACUAGUCUAGUUGGGCUACGUCCUGAAAAAUAUUUCUGGAUUGGGGUAUCAGAGAUAAAGGGAGAAGGGCAAUUCAACUGGACUAAUGGGCAUCCAGUUACGUUUAGCCACUGGAACUCAAGAAUGCCUGGACAAAAUCAUGGCUGUGUUGCUAUGAGAACUGGAACUGCAGCUGGAUUAUGGGAUGUUACCAGCUGUGAAGAGAAGGCAGCAUUCAUCUGCAAACAGUGGGCUGAAGGUGUGACGACAACUCUUGCCCCAACAACACCAACGCCGCCCCCCUGCCCAAAUGGAUGGUCUGGAUUCCAAACAUCAAGUUUCUGCUUCAAAACAUUUAAAGAGAAAAAAUACAAAAAAAGAACUUGGUUUGAAGCUCGAGAUUUCUGCACAGAAAUUGGAGGAGACCUGGUUUCCAUCCAUAGUGAAGAAGACGAAAACAUAAUAGAGAAAUCGACUGAAGAUAUCUGGGUUGGUUUAUCUGUAUUGGACUCUGACAUAGGGUAUUCUUGGAGUGAUGGAUCAUCUAUUGACUUUCAGAAAUUGCAUCCUUGGCUGAAUCCUUUCCAUCGGGAAAUGAAUCCUUUCCAGUACGAGAGACCAGGGCACUGGUUUCAUUGGGAAUUAUCCUCCACUCAGUCAGGGGAGUGUGCAAGCAUCAGUACUCGGCUGUUUUGGAAAAUGUCAUCAUGUAACUCUUUACAUUAUUGGGCUUGCCAAAUAAAGAGAGGUGUAAGCUUAAAAGCAGAGCCAAAUGAUACUUUUGAUGGGUCAUACAAAAUAAUUGAAGAUGGCUGGGUUAAGUAUGAAGACAAUGAGUACUAUUUUCAUAACAAAACUCUGCCUAUGGCGGAAGCCCGAAAAGUUUGUAAAAAUCUGGGUGGAGAUCUUGCUGUCAUUGCUAGUGAAAAGGAACGAACAUUUUUGUGGAAAUAUAACGUGUUUCAUGAAUUUAACAGUAAUGUUUUCAUUGGCUUAAUUGUGGGUCUUGAUGGAAAGUUUGGCUGGAUGGAUGGAACUCCGGUGACCUAUGCAGUCUGGGCUCCCGGUGAACCGAAUAAUGACCUUGAGUUAGAAGAAUGUGUGGAGAUGUAUGCAAAAACAGGCUUAUGGAAUGAUAUAUACUGUAGUGCAGAGCGCCACUUCAUCUGUGAAAGGCACAACAGGUCUGUUCGUUCAACCAUAGCACCCACAUCACCUGCACCUCCAGGGGGCUGUUCUGAAGGCUGGCAUUUGUUUAAUAACAAGUGCUACCAAAUAUUUGGUUUUAAUGAAGAAGAAAGAAAAACCUGGAGCGCUUCACGUAUUGACUGCAAAAACAAAGGUGGAACCCUAGCAACUAUACCAAACAGAGCUGUUCAAGCUUUCCUUACCAUGCAUUUAAAAAAUGUGCCUGUUGAUUCUUGGAUUGGACUGUAUGAUCUCAUCCAAGAGGGAACUUUCCUAUGGUCAGAUGAGCAGAAAGUGAAUUAUACCAACUGGGUCAGUGGUGCCCCCAACAGUUAUCGCACGUGGUCCACUUCCAGUUUGGAUUGUGUUAGUAUGAUAAAGAAUCCCGAGAAGUGGGCAGGAAAUUGGAAGGACAGACUAUGUUCAAUCAAAUAUGCAUACAUCUGUCAAAAAGACACUGACCCUGCACAUUCUCACUCUGAAGCAACCAUUCCGGCCUCUGGUUAUAUAACUUACGGAAACAGCAGCUAUUUUUCCACUAAAAAAACAACAUGGGAAGAAGCCAGAAAAGUGUGUCAUUCUAAAAACUUCGAACUUGUCAGCAUUCUGGACUCCUACAGCCACUCUUUCCUGUGGCUUCGAGUGUUAAAAUAUGGUGAACCUAUAUGGAUUGGUUUAAACAGUCAUGUGACCGAUGGGAAUUACAUAUGGGUAUCUAACUGGAAAACAGGAUAUACCAAUUGGGCUCCUGGAGAGCCAAAAGAGAACCAGGCCUGUGUCUAUUUAGACCAUGAUGGGUACUGGAAAACAGGAACAUGCAAUAAAAACUACUCAUCUUUGUGUGAGCAGUAUAAUGGUACACCUCCAACUGAUAUUCCUCAGCUCCCUGGAAGAUGCCCUGAAUCCCAACUAAAAAGCCACACGGCUUGGAUUCCUUUCCGUGCUCAUUGCUAUACAAUCAUAGCUGAUUCUGAACCCUGGUCUAUAGCAGCCUUGAGAUGUUUACAAUUAGGUAGCUCUUUGAGUUCAAUAGAAGAUUUUGCUGAAAUGAACUUCCUGAUGGAGCACAUCCAACACCUUAAUAACGGAAAAUAUUGGAUAGGAUUGUUACAAAAUGUGGAUGGAGAAUGGAUAUGGAAAGAUGGCACUGCAGUAAGUUUUGUGAACUGGAAUGCUGGAGAGCCCAAAAAUAAUACUGAAGAAAAUUACUAUUAUAAUUCGAUAUCGAAGACAUUGUGUGUUACAGUGAGCAAUGAUAAUGGGAAGUGGUUCACUUCACGCUGCCUAUCUCAACCCAUUGGAUAUAUUUGUAAAGCAAACAAAAUUAUCGAAGCUAAGUCAACUACAGAAUCUCCAAACAAAGGAGCAAAAAAAGAAGCAGUUUCUUCAUCAAAACAUGGCAUAGUUGUGACGGUGAUUGUUCUUGGUCUUCUCAUCCUCACCGCUGCUGGCAUUGCAGGCUACGUUUUUUAUGGAAAGAGGCAUAGACAGCAACAGUCCAUGGCUGGCUUUGAGAACUCUGUGUAUCGUGACAAUGUGGUCAUGCUUGAAAAUAAUGACCCAGAAUGACAUGUGGAAAAUGUAGACCAUAACGAGGAACAGUAGCUAGCUAUUCUCUACUUACCUAACUGAACAGAUCAAGUAGCAGAUACAAUUGUUCUAAGCAGAAAUACAUUAAAGUUCUUGCCUCAU